UGCAUUCACAGUAAGUGCACUGAGGUGGUUGUUCGGGCCCAACAGUGCCAUUUCUUUUCCGGCAUUGAAGUGCAAGGUCGUACUUGGUGAUGGCAGGCAACAUGAUACGCGUUGUUGGGCGUCAGUCCCGGUCUAUUUCCCAGAGAGCGCUGUCAACAACUGCAGCUAGAUCUACAGAUGUUGCUUUAACACCUGCAGAAAAAGAGAGAAUCUACCCAAGAAUAGGUAACCGCGAUGUGGUUGGCUAUGGUUUCAAUGGGACUGGGAGCUACAUGGACAGAGUGGAAUUCCCAUGCCCAGGCAUCCGCUUUGGUGAAAACUCGUCUGACGUUAUGGCCCUGAGGGAGAAAGAAAUGGGAGACUGGAAAAACCUCUCAAUUGCAGAGAAGAAGACCUUGUACCGUGCCAGCUUCUGUUCCACCUAUGCUGAGAUGAAAGCUCCAACAGGAGAAUGGAAGUCAGUCGUAGCUGCCGUCAUUGCAGGACUUGCGGUGACUGGAUGGCUGUACUUGUGGAUGAAAAUCUAUGUCUAUCCACCACUGCCUCACACGAUUACAAAAGAAUGGCAGGAAGAUACGGUCAAGAAAAUGAUCGCACAGCGUCAAGGAGCCAUUGAAGGCCUCAGUUCUCAAUUCGACUACGAAAAGGGAGAUUGGAAGUGAAUAACAUGAACUUAGGCAAUUUUUCUACAAAAUAUCAAUCUUUUAUUAUCCAGGAAAUGUGUAAAUUCACGACAAUGUGCAUAGAUUUAUUUGAAAUGAAAGAUUGAGGACUGAAGUGUGCGUUUUGGCCAUACUAGAACCAGUGCUACUGUGUAGCACCUAUUAUGUUUGUAUACAGAUAGUCUUGGUUCUACCAUGAAGUGACUACAUUGUGUAAUAUAUAUGACUAACAGCAUUAUUUAGCAAAUGGACAGUGUUGUUGUAGCCUCAUUGGUAAAUUACUUUUGUUAUCUGAAGAAUAAAUGGUUUCGUUUAAGGAAUUAAUACCAGGCUGGCAGUCCUUGGUUGCCUGAUUAAGACCACGUGGGUAGACUGAAAAUCAGACAAAAACCUGAGGCGUUAGCCAAAGUGUUUUGGACGCAAUUUGUGGUCAACCUGAGCAGUCUUGGUCGGAUAACCAAGGACCUGCAGCACACUGCAAGCCAUCCCAAGUCACAAUGUUCAUUGAUUAUGAAAUCCCAGUUCACAAUUAUUUCUUCAUUCCAGAAAAAACAGGCAAAUUCCUUAAUAGGCCUACACACUAGACCAAGGGCUCCUUUUCAUUAACCUUUACCUCGGAUCUUUGGUGAUUUCUUUUCAGUUUUAACAUAUGUAUUAAAAUAAAGUGUGUUGAACUAGAUGUGAACUUUC